CCACUUGCUAGUUGCCAAAAGCAUAAAUUGUGGUAUAUGUAACAGGAACUUGGAUCUACCUUAGCAUCUUCAUUCCCGAUUCCUAGCAUCAAAUUUUGAUGCUAUACUCUCUAUAUCUCUACCCACUCCAAUAAAUUCCUCAACACUCUUCUCUCUUGAGCUAGCAAAAUUAAUUUACUUAUAUUCAUUCAACCCUUUGUUGUUCUGAUUCGUGAAAAAUCAUGAGUGCAUUAGAAUCUCCCCUAGAAGCUCUAGCAUUCAACUACUUGAGUUUCGGACUCUUUACGGUUGUCAACAAUAUAUGGGCUUGGGUGGCUGUAAUAACUGCGGCGUUUAGCUUCUGGAGGAUCAAAACAUCCUCAACAUUGUCAAAACCAGCCAUACGUGGAGAGUUCCCCGGUGGUAUAGUGUUUGUACCACCGUCAGAACAAGCUGAUAGUGUACCAGCUAAUAAUGAGACCUCAACAACAUCUCCUACAACAACAAUUACAUCGUUGUCCCCUCGUGUGUUGGACGAUGAGCUAGGAGGAACCAAAGGGAAAUUCACGACAUAUUUUGAGCUUGAUGAUGUGAACCACCACAAUCGUGCAGAUACAAAAGGCAGAGACGAAUUCAAGAUUUUAAGUCAGUGGAUACAGAAUGACAUGCUUGCUAGCAGUUAUGUAGAGGAGGAGGAAUUAUGUAAGGAGUGGUAUGAGAGUUGGGAAAAAGUGAUUAAAACAAGAAAACGUGAAAUGGGGUGGUAUAAUUGCCAAGAUUUAAUGGUGAUUAAUGGUAACGUAGUUAGAUUAUGGGGAGGUUGUAGACGGUUUAGGGACCGGAAACCACCGUAUUCUUGGGUGGCGUAGUUAGAACAUGGUAGGUGAGAAUAUUGGUGGUAGUAGGUUAAUGUUAAUUACUACUAGUAGGGAACUACAAUAAUUAUGGUUUUCGUGAUGAUGGAUUUUCCAUACAUAUAUUGUAAAUACUCUUUGCAGGAGUCUGUAAUAUCUGAAAUCUGAUAAUGCAGCACUGCAUUUCUUCA